AUGGCAUUCUACCGUUGUGGACCGACAGCCAUCGGCAGCCGGGCAUCCUGGUCCGUGACCAGCCCUGAUAAGACAUAUGAGCGUCCUCUAAGUGGAAAUUAUGAUAGGAUCUUCAACGCCUUUGAAAGGACCAACGCGUUUGAGUACGUCAAGAGCACCUUCGAGGGGAAGGAAGAAAGGCAUACGGGAUGCGGUGAAUUGGUGGUAAAUCGCAGAAUGUCGAGCAGUUUCGAGAGGGCGGACUGUGCGCUGGCUGCGCAGACGCCGUGUUCUGAAGACGAGGAGUUUUAUAAGGAGAAGGUGCUGUACUCACAAGCCAGACAACUGUUCCCAUUGCAGGAGGACUUGGCCGAUUGGAUCAAUAAAACUAUUGGUAUAACAUACCUCACGGGCGAGAACUUCCUAGAUGUUCUGGACAACGGUGCUGAGUUGUGUCAGCUGGCUGCAGUCAUACAUGACCGAGCGCGGGAGGCGCUCGACCAGGGAAUUAUAGUUGGGCCGGUGCCAGCGAUCAGAGGAAGAUGUUGGCAACGUGCAGCAAGGCGCAGCUUCUUCUCGCGGGACAACGCCGAGAACUUCAUCACCUUCUGUCGUGAAUUGGGCGUUCAUGAAAACUUGCUGUUUGAAAGCGAUGACCUUGUCCUUCACAACCAACCACGACAGGUGAUCCUCUGUCUUCUAGAAGUGGCCAGACUGGCCACAAAGUUUAACGUAGAGCCUCCAGGCCUAGUCGCGCUGGAGAAAGAAAUCGCGCUGGAAGAACGGGACUCGGGAUUAGAUUCAGCCAUGUCUGGAGCAGCCUGGCAGUUCAGGGACUCAUCACCACCUCUUGAUAAACCAACAAAAAAAGAGAAACAAACAUUGGAACCUAAUGAGAAUGAAGUAUGCGUGGAGGACAGCGUGGAAGUGGCGAGUACGAGAUCGGAUAGUUCCUCUGACACGGAUGUUCCACUCAGACCCACGAAUGAGCUCGACAAAAGGGUGCAAUCAAUAACACGUCUAUUGGAGCGUGGUUGUAGAUGUGGUUCUGUCAAAUGUUCACGGCUGUUGAAGGUAAAGAAAGUGGGCGAAGGGCGAUACAACAUCGCCGGCAGAAAUGUCUUUAUAAGGCUACUAAAAGGUCGCCACAUGAUGGUCCGCGUCGGCGGUGGCUGGGACACUCUGGAGCACUUUCUAUCUCGUCACGAGCCCUGUCAGGUGCGCCUUGUCACUCCAGGACGCCGAGACCUUCUGCCACUCGCACCCACACCCGCUUCCAACACCGCAAAGGAGAGAACUACACCGUCCCCCACCAACCGUAUCUCACCCAAUAGAACCACCCCAUCCCCAAGUAGUACCGAAAAGAUCUCGCGGAACAGCGUCUCCCCGUCCAGUAGCAAAACCUCCCUCAAAGAAUCUUCCGUUUCCCCAGCUCAUAGCAAAACUUCUAUCGAAAGCUCAUCUAUCGAGCCUUUCAAACAAAAACCCAAGAACACCCCAAAGACAUCCACACCCAACAAACCAGUUACGAGAAAUCGUUCCGCUUUAACGUUACCCCUGAACGAGAAGCCGAGAAAGCAAUCGGCCCCAGCCAGCUUCAGCACUCCAAACACACCAAUAAACAGACCUGAACAGAGAAAGUCCGUGCCGACGCCCAAAAAAUCUCGCAGCAUGAGUCUCGCGCUCCAGAACGAUAAGAAAUUCUGCGGCACGGACAGAUUAAACCAAGCCAGAAAAUCCAGCGUACCUGACGCGCGGAAAACUCGAAGCCAGAGUUUAGCUUCGACUCCAAUAAAUGAGCCGAAGAAAUUGCUGCCCACGUAUGGAAAGAAGACAAGAAGCAUGAGUCUGGCAACCACAAAUGACUUUCCGAAGCCCUUGAAGAAGAGUCUGUCGGCCAGCAGCACUCCAGUAACGCAGGCAGCAAUAGAAGAGAGUAUCAGAUUGUCGUUGGAAGCGACGAUUGCUGACCCUACGUCGCCCAAAAAGCCAUUCCUUCACAUCAAAGCCAAAUAUAGAAGUCCACCACCAAGAGAAGUGCCGCCGAGAUAA